AUGAUGAUGACCAUGGAUCAACCUUGUCCUGGUUUCGGUGAUUUUGGCGCUUAUUCUUCAUCUGAUCCAUUUACAUCGAAUCAAUCGACAUCAUCACCUAUUAAUAGUGAUCCAGAUGUUGAUUGGAGUGUAUUUGAGAAUGCUGAACGAUAUUUAUUACGUGAUGAUAGUGCAUGGAUAACACGUUUAAGUAAAGAUUUUUGGUGGAAUCUCGAACGUAUAUCUGAAAUGAUAACAUCAGAUUAUACACCUAUACAACAAAUAAAUAAUAAUGGUACAUUUAAUCGACCAUCAUUACCAACACAAAAAUUUCAACAACAACAACAACAACAAUUUAUGCAAUCAGUUGUACCAACAAAAACUUAUCCACAACAACAACAAGUACCUUCACCAAUGCAAUUUACUGGUGUACCACCACGUAAAAUAGUUGGUCAACGUACAAUACAACAACAACAAUUAUCAACAAAUAAUUCUUAUAGAAAUAAUUCAAUGUUUAAUAAUGGUUUUACAUCACCACCACCAUCAUCAUCAUCUUCAUCAUCAUCAUCAGGUUCAACGAUUGUUCGACCAACGAAUAAUAAUAAUAAUAAUAAUCAUAAUAAUAUUAUGAAUUCAAAUAUAAACAUUCCAGAUAAAUCAAAUUUUUUUCAAGCUUUUUCAUCAAUGUCAAUUGCUGGUGGUAAUCAUGAUCAAGAUAUGGAAUAUAAUCCAUUUCAAUCAAAAAUAUCUUUUGAUAAUAAUAUGUGGGGAAAUAAUUCCCAACAACCAAUCCCGUGGCAAUAA